GAAUUGCCUAUAAUUUCAAUUCACUUUUCUUUUGACUUUGUAAUUUAUGAAAUUAUACCUUUUUAUGUGGUUUUUAUUGUAGUUGUUGUAUUUUUUUAAGAUGUUAUAUUUUUUAAUGAAAUGAGUUGUUGUAAGUGUUCAUAAACACGGUAGACUAGUUUGGUAAAACAAUAUGAGUUUAUCUAAAGUAGCCCAAAAAUGCCGUUUUUGCGGUAUAGGAAGUGGUAUAUAUACUUGCCCACGAUGCAGUUGCAAAUAUUGUUCAUCAUACUGUUAUAAAAAUCGUGAACAUGACGGGUGCGUUGAAUUGUUCUUCCAAGAAUGGGUCGAACAAACUCUCAGAGACGAACGUGUUCGUCAAGAAGAGGAAGAGAAUAUGAGACGAAUUAUCCAAAAUUUCGAAAAAGAUGAAUUAAAUCCGGAUUUACGCAAUGAAUCUGUUGCUUCUCCUAUUGAAGAGCGGUUUGCGGACUUGAAUUUAAACUCAAUUAAUGAGCAUGAUAUUUGGGAGAAGCUCAAUGCAGACGAAAAGUCUGAGUUUGAAUCAUUUAUCAAAGAUAAAAACAAACUUGAAUCAAUUGUUUCACUGAAGCAACCUUGGUGGACAUCUCAAAUUUUGAACCUGGUUUCUGAUUUUGAAUCGGAUUCAAGUGAAACUAAUGAUGACGUUGCAGAAAGGCCUCCAUUCCCUUUAAAUUUUAAAAAGCUUUCAGAAAUGACAUCUGCUAAGCCCUCAGAAUGCAUACCUUUAAAUUUGAUUAACAUUCUUUAUGCAUAUGCAUUCUUAUGCCGUUUUUUCAAUUGUGAAUUGAGAGACUUCCUGGCAGAAGUAGUCGAUCUCUUAUUUGUUUUAAGCCCUGUUUUAUCUGAAGGAAAGAAUUACUCAACUUUAGAUGAAUCGGUGCAGGAUUCUAUAAGACUAAUUAUGGAUCAACAAUUAGAUGUUCCCAUCUCUUUUGUGAAAAGUAUUGUGAAUGAUGUUAGCAAUAUCAUGCUUGGUCCAAGUAAUGCCAGAUCAUCGACUUUUGUUUUAUGUGCACUGCAUGAUAUUAAAUUAAUUUUUAAUGACUAUAAAAGCUUGUGUCAGAGUAAAAAAGACCAGGAUAAAGCAAUGAGAAAAAAACUAACAUUGUUAAUAAAAAAGAUAGAAUAUUUCAUUGCAUGGAGUUCAGAAUUUGAAACAGCCUUCUCUGGUAUUUCAUCUGAUUUGUUAUUGUUGAUGUUGCCAGAUCUUAUGCCUGAAAGUACUAGCUCUAUAAGUGAAGAAAAGGUUUUAAAAGUAGACAUAGGCAAACCUCUUAUUGAGGAAGUGAACUAAUCAUAAUUUCAAACCAAUGAUUUGUUUAUUACAUUGGUUUAGGUUAUGUAAAUAAAACUAAAUAACUUGUUCAUCCAAUUUUUCUGUGUUAAAAGUUGAGAAAGAAGAAUUGACUUGCUUUAUUGUAAUAUGAUUCAUUUUGGUGUUAAUUUGAAGGAACAUUAAUUGUAAUAAAAUUAUUUUUUUUUUGUCUAUUCAAAUGCAGAAAUUAUUAUAAAUUUCUUUCCUUUGUAUGUUUGUUGCUUAGUAUUUAUAGUGCCAUUGAAGAGGCAUAAAUUUUUAUCCAUUAAUUUCACAAAUUUCCUCACUAAAAUUGUUGAUAAAGCUUAAUAUUGACUUCAUAUAAUGUGCGAUUUUAUGUUUAAUUUUAUUUUGCUUGUAAGUGUAGUAUAAUAUGAAACAACACUUCGAAUAUCAAAACUUAUUGAAAAUUUAAAUUUACACAUUCUAAAAAUUUAUCUUACAUGCUCUCGUUUUAAAAUGUACUGUACCUUGAAAAUACCACAAAUUGCAGUUUUAAAAUAUAAUAUAAUAUUUAUUUAUACAUCAUUCAUGAACUUUAAAUUACUAAGAAAUUUUAAAUUAAUUCAUUGAGAUAUGUGAACAGAAAUAUGAUUUCAUUCUUAUAAUACUGAGAUAUCUCUUAAUUAUAUUUCACUAAAUUUAUAAACCAUUUUCAUAAAGAAAACAAAACUGUUAAUUGUUAUGGUGAAAAUUUUCUUCUUCUAAGCACAUGAGACAUUUUUUGCUGAUUUGAUUUUUAGACUAAUAAAUUGUUUAUUUGUAGUUUUGAUUUUUGAACUUUACUGUUGAAAAGCUUAAUAUGUUCUUUUUUUCUUUUCUUUAACAUAUUUAUUAAUAUCUUUGAAAUAUGGAUGCAUUUUGACUAAUUUUAUCAAUUGCAGCAAUUUUUUCUCAUUGGUAUUAGUUUACAUUCAGUUUAAAAUAGCAUGAUAAAUGUCUUAUAUAUGUGUAGUAUUAUUUUUUAAUAUUUUAUAUGUAUUUUGUAUAUAAUUCAAAAAUCUGAUCAGUGCUCAUGAAGAAAUAAUUCAUACCUAAAACAAAUCAACUCAACUUAGCUAAAUAAAAUUGUUUUUAAAUUUU